GACUUUUGCAACUGGUUAUAAAAGAUCCGCCAUCGAUCACCUUUUCUCUACGCUGUGUCGUUGUUCUCUGUGGUAGUACGAGACAUAAAGAUGAUCCCUUGUACACUGCUGUUUCUCGGUCUAUUAGCCUCAACUGUGAGUGCCGCCGAGACGUGUAAUUCUACACAGUCCUGUCCCGAGGACGCUCCAUGUUGUAACCAGUAUGGUGAAUGCGGUAGCGGUCCACUAUACUGUCUUGGUGGAUGUCAUCCGGCUUUCUCCUACGAUAUCUAUGCAUGUGCUGCUAUGCCAGUGUGCCAGAAUAUUGAGACAACUUUUGACGAUGCCAGUUCGAUCAUGAGUGUGGACGAUUACUUUGGUGAUGCCAACGCUACUGACUGGGUUUACACAGGGUAUCUGGAGGACUACGAUGGCGCUAAUCUGCUUGCGAUGCCGAAUCAAACGUCCGGUACCGUUGUUUCGUCAACAAGAUUCAUAUGGUACGGAAAAGUAGGUGCAACUUUCAAGACCUCUCGUGGUGAUGGUGUUGUCAGUGCGUUCAUAUUGUUUUCCAAUGCGCAGGACGAGAUUGAUUGGGAAUUUGUCGGUUACAACCUGACCUCUGCCGAGAGUAACUUCUACUUCCAAGGUGAGCUGAACUACACCAAUGUGGUUGAUAUCGACGCCACGGACACGUUUGAAUACUACCAUACGUACGAGGUGGACUGGAAGGAGGAUCAACUUGAUUGGUAUCUCGAUGGUGAGCUCGUCAGAACUUUGAAAAAAGAGGAUACUUGGAACGAAACCGAGCAAGUUUAUAAAUACCCACAGACACCAUCAAGAGUACAAUUCUCCCUAUGGCCUGCAGGUGACUCCGAUGCCACAGGUACCAUCGAAUGGGCCGGUGGUGUUGUGGAUUGGAACUCCGAGGAUAUAGUUGAUUACGGUUAUUACUACGUGACUCUCUUGAACGCCUCGAUAGAAUGUUAUGAUCCGCCAGCUGGGACUCUGAUCACCGGGUCCUCUGCAUACACGUUCAACAAUACCGAUAAAUUCACACAGGAGUAUGUCAUGAUCACUAAUAACAGCACGGAGAUCUGUGAUGAUGAUAGUUCUGGACUAGACUCCCAGGAGUGUGCAGUGUCCUCCUCCUCGUCUUCGUCCGCUCACUCGUCCUCCUCUCAUUCGUCGUCUUCUUCUUCCCGCUCCGCUUCCUCAGGCUCGACAACGUCAACAGGAGAACAGCAGGAGUCUACUACAACGGUGGCAGCCACUGAAACCACGGACUCCACAACAGCAGCCACGGGAUUUGUCCAAUUCGCAGGAGGCUCGUCAUCGUCCUCCAACAACGCUGUGUCUCUUACAGGCAUCAAGAACUCGGCGCUUCAGCUGUUAAACGCUUACGACACGAUGAAGAUGCUAACAAAGUUCGAAUCCAAGUCGUCGCGUGCGAAGGGUAUUGCCUUCCACCCAACGAGACCUUGGAUUCUUGUUUCCCUAUACUCCUCGACCAUCCAACUCUGGGACUAUAGAAUGGGCACUUUGAUUGACCGUUUUGAAGGCCAUGAGGGUUCUGUUCGUUGUGUUGAUUUCCACCCAACGCAACCCCUUUUCGUGUCUGGUGGAGAUGACUACUCCAUCAAAGUCUGGUCAUUAGACACCCGCAAGUGCUUGUUCACGUUGUCUGGUCACUUGGACUACGUUAGAACCGUGUUCUUCCAUCACGAUUUACCGUGGAUCAUCUCCGCAUCUGAUGACCAAACUGUGAGAAUCUGGAACUGGCAAAACCGUCAAGAAAUUGCCUGCUUGACAGGCCAUAACCACUAUGUCAUGUGUGCCCAAUUCCAUCCUUCUGAGGACUUGAUUGUCUCUGCGUCGUUGGAUCAAACAGUCAGAGUCUGGGACAUCUCUGGCUUGAGACAGAAGCAUUCCGCUCCUCAACAGGGUAACAUGUACGAGGACCAGUUUAACCGUCAGCAGAUCCCACAACAGGACAUCUUUGGUAACACCGAUGCUAUUGUUAAGUAUAUCCUUGAAGGCCAUGACAGAGGUGUUAACUGGGCUUCUUUCCACCCACGUUUGCCAUUGAUUGUCUCGGGUUCGGACGACAGACAGGUGAAACUCUGGAGAAUGAGCGACAGCAGAGCAUGGGAAGUCGACACAUGUAGAGGUCACACCCAUAAUGUUUUGAGUUGUUUGUUUCACCCAACCCAAGACCUCAUCAUUUCCGUUGGUGAGGAUAAGACCAUCAGAGUCUGGGAUUUGAACAAACGUACCCCUGUUAAACAGUUUAAGAGAGACAAUGAUAGAUUCUGGAUGGUUUGUUCCCACCCACAUAUCAACUUGUUUGCUGCAUGUCACGACUCUGGUGUCAUGGUGUUCAAACUGGAUCGUGAAAGACCAGCUCAGACACUUUUCCAAGACCAACUUUACUACAUCAACAACGAGAAACAGGUUCAAGUUUUCGACUACCAAAGACAGGUAUCUUCUUUACCAAUGCUCUCCUUGAAGAAAAUUGGAAAUGCUUGGACCAACUUGAGAAGCCUUUCAUACAAUCCAAGCUCGCGCUCCAUCUUGGUUACAACAGGCGAUCAGUAUGCUUUAAUUGCAUUGCCAAAGGAUGUCACUGGUGCCAUCGAGCCAACGGAUUACAAACUUGGUGAUGGUAACUUUGCCACUUUUAUUGCUCGUAACAGAUUUGUUGUAUACACGUCAUCUUCUCAAACUUUGGAAGUCAAGGAUUUGGAUAACACGACAACCAAAUCCAUCAAAUUGCCUGGAAGCGUUAAGGAUGUUGUGUCUGCUGGUCCGGGUACCGUUCUCUUGUUGAAGGCCAACUCUGUGGUUCACUAUGAUGCCCAGCAGAGAAAGGUGUUGGCAGAAGUCCAGGUCAACAACGUGAAGUACGUUUCUUGGUCUCUUGACGGUCAAUAUUUGGCACUCUUGAGUAAGCACACUAUCACCAUUGUCAACAAGAAAUUGGAGGUUAUUACUUCUAUGCACGAGACUAUUCGUAUCAAGAGUGCUGCUUGGGAAGAAACCGGUGUUUUGUUCUACUCCACUUUGAACCACAUCAAGUACACAUUGUUGAACGGUGAUAAUGGUAUCAUCAAGACACUUGAAGAUACAUUGUAUAUUACCAAGGUUUCUGGAAGAGAUGUCUAUACUUUAAACAGAAAGGGUGAAGUUGAGAUCGUUAAGAUUGAUAGUACUGAAUACCGUUUCAAGAAGGCAUUGGUUAACAAAAACUUUUACGAGGUCUUGCGUCUCAUCAAGACUUCCAAACUUGUUGGUCAGAACAUUAUUGCUUAUUUGCAAAAGUCUGGUUAUCCAGAAGUUGCUCUUCAAUUUGUUCAGGAUCCACAGACCAAAUUCGACUUGGCUAUUGAAUGCGGCAACAUCGAGAUUGCCUUAGAGGAGGCUAAGACCUUGAACAAUGCUCAAAUCUGGGAGAAGUUGGGUAAAGAAGCUUUAAAGCAAGGUAACACAGCUGUUGUUGAGUUGGUUUACCAAACACAACAACACUUUGACAAGUUGUCCUUCUUGUACUUGAUUUCUGGUGACUUCAACAAGCUAGGUAAGAUGCAGAUCAUUGCUGAACAACGUGGUCACAUUGGUUCUUUUAUCCAGAACACAAUUUACAACAACGACACCCUGAAGAGAGCCGAAUUGUUUGCACAAGCCGGUAAUUAUUCUUUGGCUUAUGCUGUUGCAAAAACCAAUGGUCACCACAAACUCGCUGAAUCCAUCUUGGAACAAGCUGGUGUCAGUGCUGAUGAUAUUGAUUUGCCCCAAAGCAAACCUGUGGUUAGACCACAGCCUGUCACCACCAGUGGUGUCUCCAAUUGGCCAUUGAAGGCUGCUGAACCAUCAUACUUCGAAAAGGCCAUCGCUGGCCAACUGGAAGAUAUGGAAAUUGUCGAAGAAACACCAGAUGAGGAGACAGUUACAUCUCCAAAGAGCGGUGUUUCAGCCUUUGAAGAACCAAUGUUUGACGACGAAGAUUUUGCUCAAGAAGACGGUGGUUGGGACCUUGAUGAUGAAGACCUCGAAGUUGACGUUGAUAACGAAGAAGAACUCGAGGUUGCUGAAGGCACUGUUCUCACUGGUGAAGUUGGCCACUGGUACCGUAACUCCAAACUUGCUGCUGUUCACGUUGCAGCUGGAUCUUUUGACACUGCUGCUCAAGUGCUCAAUAGACAAAUUGGUGCAGUUAACUUCGAGCCACUGCGUUCACGUUUCUUGCAGGUGUACGGUGCUUCUAAGCUCGUCCUUCCUGGAUCAGAAGGUUAUCCACCUGUGAAUGUAUUCAUCCGUUCUGACUCUGAGGAGGAGGAGUUGAACAAAGUUUUGCCAUUCAUCCCUGGAAUUGAUGAAAUUACAAAAACAAUCAAUGAAGGUUUCAAGAACUUCAAAGCUAACAAUUUGGAAGCUGCUAUUGAGUCGUUUAGACAUGUGAUAUACACAGUUGCAGUACUCGCUGUGGAUAAUGUUGAUGACGAGGACAAGGCGAAGGAGGCUCUUUCUCUUGCUCGUGAAUACAUCCUUGGGUUAUCCAUUGAGCUUGAGCGUCGUUCUUUGGCACCUGAAGAUAUCCAGCGUAACUUGGAAUUGGCUGCAUACUUCUCCAGAGCCGGCUUGAUUCCAAAUCACCGUGUCAAUGCCCUUCAGGUUGCUAUGAGUCAAUCCUUCAAACACAAGAACUUUGCCUCGGCGUCUUAUUUCGCAUCUGAGUUCCUGAAGAUUGUAACAAGUGGUCCUCGUGCUGAACAAGCACAGAAAAUCAAGGCCAAAUCUGAUACCAUUGGACGUGAUGCCAUCGAGAUCGACUUUGACCAGGACGCCGAGUUUGACAUUUGUGCUGCUACCUACACCCCUAUUUACAAGGGAACUCCACAUGUGUCUGAUCCUUUCACCGGUGCCAAAUACCAUUCUUCUGAGAAGGGCAAACUCGACAAGAUUGUUGGAAUUUCAACCAUUGGUGCUACAUCUUCUGGCUUGAAGAUUCGUUUGAACUGAAGACACAGACACCCAGACGUCCAAACAAAACAAGGAAAGAUAAAUAAACACAGUCUGUUUGUUAGAUGACUUUAAUGUAAACCGAAAAUAUGUGAGAC